UCCUGGUCACAGUGAACCUUUCCUUCUGCUCUAAGAUGGUGAGUUUUCCAGGUUUGUCUCCAGCUGGCUCCCUCCUCCCUCUCCUUCUCCUGGUGUCCACACAGUGCUCAACAGGUCAGUUAUCUGGGUUUUCUGUGAAUGGACCAGCUGAGCCCAUCAUGGCCUUGCUUGGGGAGGAUGUUACCCUGCCCUGCCAGCUGUAUCCUGAACAGAGUGCAGCCCACAUGCACAUAUGGUGGUACCGUGCCCAGAUCUCCCCAGCUGUGCUAGUAGUCCAGAAUGGACAGGAACAAAGUGGAGAACAGAUGCUGGAGUACCGCGGUAGGACCAAGUUGGUGGGAGACUCCAUCAGCCAGGGGCACGUGGCCCUGCUGAUACAGCACGUGAAGGCCUCUGACAAUGGCCAGUACCGGUGUCGUUUUCAAGAUGGUGAUAUCUCACAGGAGGCCAUUAUAGAAUUGAAUGUCAUAGGUUUGGGCUCCAUCCCUCAUGUUCACAUGACAGGACUCAAGGAAGGUGGGAUCCAAGUGCUGUGUUCCUCAGGGGGCUGGUUCCCAAGCCCCAAGGUACAAUGGAAAGACAUGGCAGGAGCCAAGCUACCAUCCCUCUCUGAGUCUCAGACCCAAGACUGGGAUGGGCUCUUCCAUGUGAAAUCAUCCCUUGUGGUCACAGACAGCUCCCUGAGCAAUGUGACCUGCUCCAUCCAAAAUCCUCUCUCUGGUCAGGAAAAGGUGUCCUCCAUCUUCCUCCCAGAGCCCUUCUUCCCCAGGAUGUCUCCAUGGAAAGCAGCCCUUGCUGGGACAGUCCCUGUGCUGGUGCUUCUGCUCAUUGGGAUCAGCUACAUUGGUUGGAAAGAACAUCAAGCCAAAGACAGAGAAAUAGAGGAAAAGGAAAAAGAAUCUCAGGAAAUACAACGGAUAAGGAAUGACAAGGAAAAGGCACUUAAGAUUCGAGAAAAACUCAAGGCAGAGCUUGAACGACGAAGGGCAUUGUACCGAGAAGAUUGGAAGAAGGCCCUGAUAUAUCCUGAUUGGAGAAAGGAAUAUUUCCAGCCUGCUCCUGUGAAUCUAAAUCAUGAACUUUUUCACCAGAACAAUUCUGAUCCAAAGAGAAAAAAAGAUGGCAGAGAGGAAACACAGGAUCUUCCUCUUGCUGAUAAUAAAGGAGAUUGCAACCUCCUCACUCUUGAUGGGAAAGGUUUCACAACAGGGAGAUAUUAUUGGGAGGUAGAUGUCGAGGACAAUGAUGAGUGGGUGCUAGGCGUUUAUGAAACAAACGAAGAAAAGAUGGCACCAUUAAAAAAACCAUCAAUGAAGAAAUUCAGAGUCUUAGAGAAGAAGAAAGGUGAAUUCAGGGCUCUUGCCUGUGAUUCACAAAAAGUUCUUCUAGAAGAGCCUCUUACAGAAGAGUGUCCGCAGAAGAUUGUGGUUUUCUUGGAUUAUGAAGAUAAUGACAUUUCUUUCUAUAACAUGAUUAAUGGUAUGCACAUCUUUUCCUUUACUCAGGACAAAUUCUCUGCCAUUCUCUAUCCUUACUUCAAACUUAAAUCCAUGGAGCUCUCCCCAUCUGCAUAAGUUUAAUAGUGAUAUAGAAAACAAUCUUACACUGAGUAGCCUGUUCUUGGUAAGCUCCAGGACUCUGGUCCUGAUGAGUGUCUCUGGCACCACUGAUUAUGAGACCCAAGCAUCUCAGAUUUCAUGAGUCUCCAUAAUCAAAGUUUCUGAUGACAUCAAUCUGUGUUUCUCAAAUAAUCCAAAGAGAAGACCCAUGUUCAU